AUGCUGGCCCGAAUCAAGAAGCGUAUCGCGCUCGAGGACGAUCCGGGCGGGGGGCGGUUUUUUGAGCUUUUCUGCUCGGGAGAUCUGGGUGUAUGGGAGCAGGUAGCGCCCACUGUGAUCGACAACUACAUCGUCAGGUCCUUCGUGGGUGAGACUGCGUUCCACACCCCCCUGGGCGGUAUCGGUCCCGAACACGUGCGGGUGGCCCGGCAGCUGCUGCUGCAGUUCGACCUGGUGCUGGACCUGGAUGCGGGGGAGCAGGCGGAGGACCUCAUCAUACAGCAGGGGCUGGGCUGGGACGUAACGCUGGCGAAGCUUCAUGUGCGGAGCUCCUCCGCGACCUUCGCCAAGCUCAACUACAGCAAGGAGGACUGUCCCAAUGCCGAGCUGCUGCGGGUGCUGCUAACCCGGCAGGACCCCGACAGGGAGCUAUACAGGGCUGGUGCCACCCGGGCUGUGAUUGCGUUGACGUCCACCGCGUUGACGACCAACUCUGGCGUUCCCUUACAGAGCUAUUUCUGGAAUAUUACCAAAAACUGCUCGCACUACGAUGAUCAGUUACGACUUAUUGUAAACGUUUCCCAGGCAGUUGCCCACCAGGAGCCCAGCGUGCAGCAACUUGCAGAAGUGCAAGAGCUUUGGAAACCGCUCAAUGAUGUUUGCAGCAACGGCAGCGCGAGCCAUUUAAUGCAGGCCGUGCAGGCAUCCCUGGGCUCCCUUGGCCACUUUGCGGAGCAUGAGCCUAUUUUAUCUAUUUUGGGGCGGAGGCUAGUACUUGCCUGUAUCAUCCUGCAUAGGAAGAAUCUCAGAAAGGAUGUUCGUCAAGAGGAGCUCGAAUCCUUCUUUGCGCAUGUUGCCAAGCAGUUGUACGGCGACCACGUGCGAUCCGUACUGCGCAAAGAUCUGUUGGACUAUCUCCACAUCAGCAAGAGCGGUGGCACGAGCUUCAGUGCUGCUGCCAGAAUAAACAAAUGUAAGAUGUCCGGCGGUAUCGGACAGCCGCUGUAUAUCGGCGAUUUGCCGCAUUGGAUGAACAGAACCGUGUUUCAAGAGCUUACCGGCGUGACCAUGAUGUGGACCAUGUACGGCAAAGUGGAACGAACGGGCAUAGCGGGAUGCGAACGGCGCAUUGCCAAUGUGACGGCAAGCGGCUUCGAAUACUUGUCCAACGAGUACACUCUCCAUGGCGGCGUGGGCACCAUGGCGGGGGUGCAUGUAUGCCGGCAGGCGGUCAAUGUGGUGACGCUGAGGAGUCCCGAGGCGCGCCUGAUAUCCCACCUGCAUUUCAUGUUGGCGCACAUCAAGGGUCGACUGGCGCGCCGUUCUCGAAGGGAGGGGAGGGACCUCUUCCAUGGUGUCUUUUGCAGCGACAAUGUGACCAUGUUUCAGCAGCUUUCACCCGCUAUCAUGGACAAUUACAACGUCAGGUCCUUCGUGGGUGAGACUGCGUUCCACACCCCCCUGGGCGGUAUCGGUCCCGAACACCUGCGGGUGGCCCGGCAGCUGCUGCUGCAGUUCGACCUGGUGCUGGACCUGGAUGCUGGGGAGCAGGCGGAGGACCUCAUCAUACAGCAGGGGCUGGGCUGGGACGUAACGCUGGCGAAGGUUCACAAGCGCACUAGCGACGAUGUCUAUAAGCGACUGAAGUACGACCGGACCCGAUGUCGCCAUGAGCAUCUGCUCAGAGAGGUGCUGCCGCGGCAGGAUCCCGACAGGCAGCUGUACAGUACGGGCCGGGUGCUUAGCCUCAUCGAUCAGCUGCUGCUGGGCUGGGCCCGGGAGCUUGGGCUGCCCCCCAGCCCCCUCAGCGCCACCGGAGGACGUUCAGGAGCGGCAGAGGCUGCGGACGCCGCCCUUAGUGGCGGCAGUGGUGAUGGCGAUGACGGUAGCGACCCCGUUCACUGCGGUCUUCUGGAUAGGCGCUGGCGGCUGGCCACCCCACAACUGGUUUCGGACCGUGCAGAAGCGGUGGAGGUAGAGGAAGAGGAGGAAGAGGAGGAGGAGGAAGAGGAGGAGGAGGAGGGGGAAGAAGAGGAGGAGAAGGAGGAACAGGAGGCGGAAAGCAACGCAACGGCGGGGGUGCAAGAAACGGAAGCGUGA